AUGUAAUCACAUAAUAUAAAUAUCUAUUCAACCAUUACCUAUGGUUCAUUUUUAAAUUCUAACUCAAUUAAGAAGUAUUAAUUAAUUGCAAACUUUGAUGCUCUUAAAAAACCAUUUCUUUUUUCAGUUUUGGAAAAUUAUUUAUAAAAAUUCAUAUAUUUGAUAAUACUGCAGAAUAGGGAUUUUAAAAAUAUUUUGAAUAACUAUAGGAUUUUGUCCCUUGAUACUGUUUAUUGUGAGAGGUAAACAGAAAUCAUUUUUGUAUAAUUAUAUCAUUUAAAUGAAAGACUUGUAAAGUUAUAUCCUAUAUGUAUAAAAAUAAUAUAUAAAGAUUAGCUUUAAGUACAAUAUAUUUGCAUUCAGGGUUGUUGGAAACGAUAUUAAAAAUUAAAUGCUACGAUUUUGAUGAUGAAACACCUUGUGUCAACUUUCUAUAUAUUUAGACUCUUAAUAUUCAUCUUAAGACUUAGUAUAUUUUGCACACGAUAUUGCAUACAAUAAACUAAUUUUUUCAGACAAGGAAAAAAUUUAUAAGGAUCGAAUAUAUUUAUUCUUUUUUUUGUAUCUGGAUAUACUUCAUUAAUGAAUUUUUGGGGGUCCUCUUAUAUGUUCAUAGGCUAAAUUUAAAAGAUUUAUCAUGUAGACCCAAAUCGUAGGAUCACCUUUACAUUUUAGAUGUUUUAUAGCCUAAUAUUCAUUUUGGAUGGUUAAUUUAUACAUUAAGUGGAAAAUAAUCCACCAGCUUCUUAAUCAAUUAGCAAUAUUAUUGAUUUAUAUUCUAACUAUGUAAAAUAGGAUAGAGUGAAUGGAAAAAUAAAUCUCGAUACAACAAAAUAACAAUAUAUUGGGAAUGCUUUGGAUCAAAUAAUGAACAGUUGA